CUGUUUUGCAGCACAUGGUGAUGAGCUUUAGAGUGUCGGAACUCCAAGUGCUGCUGGGAUUCUCUGGCCGGAACAAGACAGGCCGUAAACACGAGCUGUUGACCAAAGUGCUGUACAUGUUGAAGUCUGGCUGCAGUCCAGCUGUGCACAUGAAAAUCAAAGAGCUCUACAGGCGUCGCUUCCCUCGCAAGAGCCACGCCACCAUGGAGUUGCCUCUACUGUCUGUCCAGAACGCCGUGGCUCAUCCCUCAGCCAGUGCAUCUCUGGCUCUCGGCAGCAAUCCACAGCUUCACUACAGUACCUCUGCUGCCUCGGCCUUGGUGUCCCCACUGUUGUCUCCCCUCAGCAUGCUCACUCCCAAGCGAGAAUUAGAUUUACAACAUCUGUCGCCCCCAGUGCAUCCAGACGUCAAAAUGAGGAGACUGCCAUUUUAUGACAUCUAUGAUGAGCUGACCAAACCAACCACAUUAGUAUCAAGUAAUGGUCAACGAUUUGAGGAAGCUGUUGUUACGUUUGCAUUGACCCCACAGCAAGUUCAACAGAUUUGCUCAUCCAGAGAUUUGUUACUUGGAGCAAAAGGUGAUCAUACAGUCCAGGUGCAACUGAGGUUUUGUUUGUGUGAGACUAGCUGUCCUCAGGAGGAUUACUUCCCUCCUAAUUUAUUUGUAAAAGUCAACGGGAAGCUCUGCCCUUUACCGGGAUAUCUUCCUCCCACUAAAAAUGGAGUGGAACCAAAACGACCCAGUCGCCCCAUCAACGUUACUUCACUCAUCAAGCUCUCGGCCACCAUCCCUAAUAUGAUCACCAUUAACUGGUCCUCCGAAUACGGCAGGAAUUAUUCUGUUUCUGUGUAUCUAGUCAAACAGCUAACGUCAGCAACGUUACUGCAAAGACUGCGAGCGAAGGGGAUCCGGAACCCCGACCACUCUCGAGCUCUGAUCAAAGAAAAGCUGACGGCAGACCCUGACAGUGAGAUCGCCACCACAAGUUUACGUGUUUCGCUCAUCUGCCCACUGGGAAAGAUGCGGCUCUCAGUGCCAUGCCGGGCAGUCACCUGCACACACCUACAGUGCUUUGAUGCAACUCUUUACCUACAAAUGAAUGAGAAGAAAGCCACGUGGGUUUGCCCUGUAUGUGACAAGAAAGCACCUUAUGAGAACCUGAUCAUAGAUGGGCUUUUUAUGGAAAUCCUCAAUUCCUGCACUCACUGUGAUGAGAUCCUCUUCAAGGAAGAUGGCUCCUGGAGCCCGAUGCAACCAAAGAGAGUAAAGCAAGAACCCUACUGGUCAUCCUACAGCAGUAUCGAGGCCAGCACAAUUUAUAAGGAGCCACCAUCACGAGGGAAGUACUGCUCCCAAAGCAGCCAGAAUGCUGAGGUGAUUGACCUGACAUUAGACAGCUCAUCAGAUGAGGACGAAGUUCCAGUGAAGAGACAUUGCCAUGUUGUGACCCCUACAAACUUGCCCUCAGUCAACAAGCAGUUGCUGAACCUUCACCAGCUCUCACCGAUGCUUCAGAGUCCUGCAACAAACGUGGUUACGUCAGAUUACCUCCCAUCCCUCUCUAUUCCAGAAUACCAAUUCUCCUACCAGAUGCCUCCACUACCGUCUGACAUUCAAGGUUUAGAUUUAUUUUCUUUCUUGCAAGCAGACAGUCAGCAUUACGGUUCCGUUAUCAGCAGCUCCUCUGAGGACCAGACUGCCAUGCGAUCAUCGCUUAACCACUUCUUCCAGUUCACGUCCUCACCGCAUUUCCUGGAACCUGUGGUUAGCUCAACGAGUGGAAUACAUGGCUCAGCCAACAGGAGUAGCAGCAUUAUCUCCAGCAGUGUACUGAGGGGCAGUCAGCACAGUCACCCUGAGACGACAGCUCUAAACAGUGGCAGCACAGUCAGUGCACCUGGCCCUAGCCAUGGGUUAGAUAUUAUCUCUUUAGAUUAAGGAAACACCAAUCAAUCAUGACCAAGAAUGUUCUCCACUUUGAAAACUGCUGCAAACCUUGAAUCUGAAGCCAGCUGGUCAGAGUGUUUCCUUUGUAUUGGUCAGUAGUUUUUGACUAAAUCCCUGGGUGAUACAAGAGCACAAGGCACCCACCACCUGGGCCUGAAUCCUGGAGCAAGCCUUCUGUUUAAAAACAGGCAUUUUGUGGUGCUUCCUCCGUCGAGCUGAGGAUCUGGCCUUGCCCCUUCCCACCUCUGUUUACCUACCCCAUACAAAGAACAGCCCACAGUCAGAGAUCUGGUGACAUUAGCGUUAGAGUUGCACUUUGCUUGCAUGCAGGCCCCUGUAAUCAGCUGUCUGUGAUUGUGUCCACAACGAAGCUGCUCCACAUUUCAGCCAAAGGAGGGUUUCAGUUCUCAGUAAAGUUUUUGUAGGGAACCAAAGAUUUAGAGUACAGGCCAUACCAAAAGGAGUAAAGAAUCAAAAAAAAUUUUGUAAGAUGAGAUGAAAUGAAAUGAAAUUUAAAGACUGGCAUGGAUUGUUGAGAAAAAUUUGGAUAUGGGCAGCUUUGAACAUUGUGAACUGCAAAAGGGAACUUAAUUGAGAUUUUCAGGGGUCUUGAUGAUGGUUACUGUGAUUCCUUCUCUCCAGACCCAAACAGAUAUGAAGGCUAAGAUUAUCUCGCUCAAAGGAGGAAUCCUGUUAUUCCAGUCCUUGAUCAACUAGGAUUUCUAGAGGGGGUGGGUUGGCCUGGAUUGAGGUUGGGGAGUGAUGUAGGGACACGAUAGGGAAUUCUAAACAUAUUGCAAAGUGUUGUCACUUUUUAAAAUAUAACUUCCAAUAUAUUUUAUCAAUGUAAAAUCUUCCCUUUUUUAAAAGAAUUAUAGAUGAACAUUGUGUAUAGAGAAAGCAAAUGAUCUAUUUUCAGUUGCAGCUAUUUUGUAAAUACAUAUUAUGAAAAACAAAACCAAUUUGAAGAAGCAAUUCCAAAGAUUAUUCUCUCUGGCAGGCCACUACUAGUGAGGAUUAGAUUCCUUGUGCCUGUUUACAUGUGGAUACCUCUAUUCAUCUGUUUUAAAGUUAUUUUCUUCCAUUACUGUUCAGUGAAUAACCUCAUUUUGAGACAUGGUUGGGGAGCGGGGGAGGUGGAAAUGAUGUUUGAUGCCUGUUGCGGAUGAUAAAGAUCCAGAGUUGAAAGCUUCGCUGUUCUGGAGCUGACAGACAGACAGCCCUGCCUUGUCUCACAUAAUGGACCUGGUGAAGCUGUGGCAAUAGGACAAAGGGAGUUUUGAUAUUAUUUGCUGAACAGAAUUCACAAGUUUUACUCUGUAUUGAUCCUAUUACAAUUAAAGGAUGAGGAAAUUGGGAA